AUGACACCCAGAGGUACUCCCUUCAGGGAUGAACUUCACAUAAAUGAAGACAUGGACAUGCACGAAAGUGCAAAACUUGAGAGGCAGAGACGAGAGGAAGCUAGGAUGAGCCUACGCUCUGGUCUGACUGGGCUUCCUCAGCCAAGGAACGAAUACCAAAUAGUUGCACAACCUCCUCCUGAAGAAAGUGAAGAGCCAGAAGAGAAAAUUGAAGAAGACAUGUCAGACAGGAUAGCUAGGGAAAAGGCUGAGGAGGAAGCAAGACAGCUAGCGCUGCUUAGGAAAAGGUCCAAGGUGUUGCAGAGAGAUCUUCCCAGACCCCCAGCAGCUUCAUUGGAACUAAUUAGGAAUUCGUUUCUUUCAGCCAACCGAGACAAAAGUUCUGUUGUUCCUCCUAGUCCAGUUGAUGAUCAGAUGAAAUGGUAA